AUGCCUUCCCAAAUCUUGGAUAACGCGCUUGGUGGUGUUGGACACACACCGUUGAUUCGCCUUGACAAAAUUGCGAAAGCGAACGACUUGAAGUGCAAUCUUUUGGGUAAAGUGGAGUUUAUGUCUGCCGGCGGAUCGGUGAAGGAUAGAAUCGCAAAGGCCAUGGUAGAGGCGGCUGAGCGGGAUGGAAAGCUAAUCGCGGGCAAAAGCGUCGUUAUCGAGCCCACCUCUGGCAAUACUGGCAUUGGAUUGGCCAUGGCGUGUGCCAUCAAGGGUUAUUCAGUCAUCAUAACCCUCCCUAACAAGAUGUCUUUGGAAAAAGAAGCUCUUCUUCGAGCUCUGGGUGCCGAAGUCAUUCGUACUCCAACGGAGGCAGCUUGGGAUUCUCCAGAAAGUCAUAUAGGUGUUGCCAACCGCCUUCAGCGUGAAAUCCCUUACGGAAUUAUUUUGGAUCAAUACCGCAACCUGAAUAACCCACUUGCGCAUGAGCUGACCACUGGCCCUGAAAUCAUUGAGGCAGUCGUCUCGACACCAUCUACCUCGUCGAGGCCUUCGACUGAGAAGGUCGAUGUAAUGGUCGCUGGUGCUGGUACCGGAGGAACUGUCACUGGAAUUGCCCGUGCCAUUAAGAAGACGCAUAACGCGGAGUGCACAGUUGUUGCUAUUGAUCCUAAAGGCAGCAUCUUGGCUCAGCCUGAAAAUCUGAAUACAGCCAACAACGGCGAAGCAUAUAUCGUUGAAGGAAUUGGUUACGACUUCGUCCCUGAUGUUCUUGAUCGUUCGGAAGUGGAUACAUGGAUCAAAACUGCGGACGAAGAGUCAUUCUCUGCCGUUCAGGCACUUAUGCGAUCUGAGGGUCUUCUUGUCGGUGGAAGCAGUGGCAGUGCUCUCGCUGGCGCUCUCAAGUUUUUGAAGAGCGAUGCCGGCAAAGACAUUGCUAAUACACCUGGAAAGAACGUCGUUGUUCUUCUUCCUGACGGUAUCCGAAACUACAUGAGCAAACCAUGGUUUUUGAAGAUUGCCAUGGAGUCUGAGCCUUCCCCCCUUGCCCACACCAUCUCCAAGAUCCUUCAAACCAAGGAGAAUUCCAAUGGCGAUGUCCCGAUCGCUGCUGUCCAUGAGAAUGUAUCUCCUUCAAAUCGUAUGGAAAGUGUUGCUGGUGCCCAAACCUUCACAGCCUCCCAUUAA